UCGUCAGGGAUUGCGCUGCUCGGGAACGUGAUCCGCGUCCUGGCCCCGUAGCCGUCGCUUGUUUGCGCCAGCGUUCGCGUGCGCAGUACACUCUGUGUGCUGUGCAGCUCUGCAAAAACUGAGGCGGCUCUGCAAGGCACAAAGCCCUCACGCGCGGUACUAUCUGUGCUCAAACUCGGGCCACAAUUCACACAAUUCGCGAGGUGCGGAAACGCACAAUUGGAUCACACUGCGGAGUAGCACCGGAGAGCAGUGAAGCUUGCACAGCUCCUCCUUGCACAGGCAAUUACGCCCUCGUCGACGGCAAAUCAAACGGCAUCGAUGGCAGACCCAGCAGCACCCAACGACAGCGAUGCCGCGGAGGAGGACGACGAGUGCGAGGGCGUGGCCUACAUGUUCGACGCGGCCGCGGCCACCGAGCGCCGGAGCCUCGCGCUGGCCCACGGCGCCGUCUACUAUUAUUGUCUGGCCGACGACGACGCGGCAACGACGCACCACAUCAGCGGCCACAGCGCCUGGCCGGCGGCAUUGACCCUGGCGCGGCGCGUGGCCGAGUGCUGGACACCGGUGAAUAGCGUGCUCGAGCUGGGCUGCGGCUGCGGCAUCGUCGGACUGACGUGCGCGUCGCUGGGCUGCCCGCGCGUCGCGUUCUCGGAUCGGGACGGGGGCGCGCUCGACCUGGCGCGGCGCGGCGUGGCGGCGAACGGCUUCGGGGGGUGCACGUUCGACCGGCGCGCCUGGGGUCUCCCGUCAGAAGAGCGGUUUGAGCUCGUCGUCGGCAGCGACCUGAUCUACGACCCGGGCGUCGUGGCGCCUUUAAUAACCACGGCGGCGACGAGCCUCGCGCCGGGCGGGCGCUUCGUCCUCGCGCAGAGCUUCGCGCUCGGCGACGCGUCGUCCAAAGCGCUCGACGAGGCCUGCGGCGCGCACAAGCUCGCGCUCGAGGUCGUGGAGGAGGCGGGCGAGGCGCGCGUGUGGGAGAUGACGGCUCGGUAGUGUGAUAACUUUUUGUGGUGUGUUCAACAACAGUUACG